UGGGAAACAGCGUGCAGCCAACUCAUCGGAGACAGUGUGUGCGAGUGUGUAUAUGUGUGUGUGAGAGAAAGAGAGAGAGAGAGAGAGAGAGAAAGAGAGAGAGUGUCAUGUUACAGAGAAAUCAGGAACAGUCACACUGCAAUGUGCAAUCAGUUGAGAAUUACCUCUCUCUAAUGGGGACCUUCACGCACAGACCGUUGCCUACUCUGCACAGGAUCUGACCAUCUGACCAAGAGGGAGGGAGGAGGAAAAUCAGCAAUAAUAAAGGAAGCUUAAAAGGGAGAAAUGCAACAACAGCAACUUUGAUCCAACUAUCUUCUCAAAAGAACUUUUCUGAAGUUUGAUUUUUUUUUCUCCCUCCUCUUUGGGACAACACACACACACAUCCAUUCCUUCCCCACCACUUGGUUCUACAUCCAUUUUUUUAUUUUUAUUUUUGUUUGCUACCUGUCCUUUUUCUUCUUCUUCUUCUUCUUCUUCAGUGGCUCUGGGAGUCUUCUGGAUGGUGGUGUCCUUUCCUGCAUCUCGGAUCGCCUGCUUCUGAGAGGAAGAUUCCCUGCUUUAUUUAUUCAGUAUUUAUUUAUUUAUUGCCUCUCAAGGCCAGGGAAGGAAUGGUGGUAGAAGAGAAGAACUGGAAAGGGGCUGCUCCUGGUAGCUUGGAGACGGGCUGCCUCACCCAUCCCAGGACGGGAGGAGAUGGAGAAAGAUGCUGUAAGGUACCUCCGCUGCUGAGCUCGGGGCUGCCUGGAAUCUCUUUACUUUCUUUGGUGCUGAGCCUCUUGCUGUACUUCAGGACAUCAGAUCUGCAGUCCAGGGUUUCUCAUUUGGAGGCGGACAGAUCCACUCCGCUCCCUGCCGCCUGCCUCUCCGCAGACCAAAUGGAGACAGCUAUUUUGGGAAGAGUUGACCAACUGCUCGCUGAGAGGAUAAACUUCAAUUUGCCAAGACAUCGGGAGACUAGAGAUAUCUACCAGAGGUGCAACUGCCCAGCAGGACCUCCCGGUCCUACAGGAAGACCUGGCCUUCCGGGAGACAAAGGAGCCAUGGGAAUCCGUGGACAGCCGGGAGUCAAGGGUCAACUUGGAGAGAAGGGAGCUCCAGGAGAGGCUGGCAUGUCCAUCAUUGGUCCCCGUGGACCUCCAGGACAGCCUGGAACAAGAGGUUUUCCUGGGUUUCCAGGUCCAAUUGGUUUGGAUGGCAAACCAGGACAACCGGGACAGAAAGGGGAAAUGGUAAUAAGAUGUUCAAUCAAUUUUGCAGGUCAGUGCGGAGAAUAUCCACACAGGGAAUAUCUAAGCACCACACUUGCAGCUCUGCGUUCUAAUCACAUCCUUGCAUUGAAGGGUGAACAAGGACAAGCAGGCAUCCAAGGGCCUCCAGGGCUACCUGGGCCUCCAGGACCACCUGGGACUCCAGGACCACCUGGCCCAACUGGCCCAGCUGGGAAAACUGGAGAACCUGGCAAGGAUGGAAAGGGUUUGCCAGGACUUCCUGGACCAAAGGGUGACCCUGGACUUCAAGGAUACCAUGGAAGGAAGGGUGAAGUGGGUGAGACAGGCCUAUCAGGAACACCUGGACUUCCAGGAUCUGCUGGCCCAAAGGGGGAGAGGGGAAUGCCAGGGCUGCCAGGAAAACAAGGAGCUCAGGGUGAACCCGGGAAUCCAGGAGCAAAGGGAGAACAUGGAAUUUCUGGGAAGAUGGGGCCCCCAGGUUUGCCUGGAAAAAGGGGGUACAGGGGUGAGAAAGGGAAACCUGGUGAUCCAGGACCUUCUGGAACCAUGGGGCAAAAGGGCGAAAAAGGAGAUUCUAGCAACGCACUUGGAGGUGGUAAAGGAGAACCGGGAACCCCAGGAACCCCAGGAUUGCCAGGGCCUCCAGGACCAAAGGGCCCCAAGGGUGAACCAGGGAAGAGUGAAAUGGUAGACUACAAUGGCAAUAUCAAUGAAGCUUUACAGGAGAUACGAACAUUGGCCCUAAUGGGACCUCCUGGUCUUCCAGGCAUCUCAGGGCCAGCUGGACCGCCUGGACAGAAGGGUGAAAUUGGCUUGCCAGGUCCCCCAGGACGUAAUGGAGAAAAGGGUGUUGAUGGCCUAAAUGGAGUUAAAGGUGACCGAGGGAUGCCUGGACCUCCUGGUCUCAUCGGUCCAGCUGGACUUCCAGGAUUUACAGGAGAGAAGGGGGAACCUGGAGAAAAAGGAGAUAUCGGGGCUUCAGUAACUGGUCCACCAGGGCCUCAAGGUCCAUCUGGAAACCCAGGUCUUCAAGGCCUACCGGGACCUAAGGGAGAAGCAGGAAUUGAUGGAUUAAAAGGUGAAAAGGGUAUCCAAGGAGAAAAAGGAGACCGGGGUCCUCUGGGGCUGCCCGGCGCUUCAGGUUUAGACGGCAGGCCUGGCCCACCGGGUACUCCAGGACCAGCAGGUGUCCCAGGACCAGCAGGACCGAAAGGAGAGAGGGGAAAUAAGGGAGAUUCUGGUUCUACAGGACCGAUAGGAUCAGCAGGACUUCCCGGCUUUCAAGGACCACCAGGUGAAAAGGGAAAUCGGGGGGAAAGGGGCAAGAAAGGCUCCAGGGGGCCUAAGGGGGAUAAGGGAGACCAAGGAGCACCUGGAUUAGACGCACCCUGUCCGUUGGGGGAAGAUGGGUUGCCAAUUCAAGGAUGCUGGAAUAAGUGAAUAUUCUAACUAUGGACUGGCCUGUGUGUAUGUUUGUGCAUAGAAUAUUUAUUUUUAUACAUUGUUCUUUUUCGAAAGUGCCGACAGAUAUGCAUAAAUUGCUGCAUAUUUUUGUACAUAAAAUGCUACAAUUCUGCUUUA